AGGCCGGAGGAGGGGCUGGAGUGGCCGAGCGGACGGAGCGCGGCGACGACUGAGCGCGGAGAGCGUGACGACACCAACGGGGCUGCUGGAGCCGUUUCACUUCUCACAACCUGGGCGGGUCCUCCUUCCUGGAUACUGGUGAGUCACCCCAGGGCUCACUCCCCAUUGCCUGGAGGUCUCCAGAGCAGCCAAUCAGCAGCCCCGCGGCUCCAGUUCCAAAGCCCCCACCCACCCGCUGGGACUCCGUGGAGGCGCGUCCUGGGGGAUGGGGGGCGCAGCCCUCCUGCUGCUGCUCGCGGUGGCCGAGGCCCGAGGGAGACCCGGGCGGGCCCCCACUCCAUAAGGAUUUUCCACACCACGAUGUCCCGGCCCGGCCCCGGGGAGCCCCGCUUCAUCUCCGUGGUCUACGUGGACGACACGCAGUUCCGGCGGUUCGACAGCGACUCUCCGGGCCAGAGCUUGGAGCUGCGGGCGCCCUGGGCUGAGCAGGUGGAGCAGGAGAAGCAGGAGGAGUGGGACGAGGACGCGCGGGUCCUAAGGGAGCGCGCACUGUGGUACCGAGCGCGACUGGACGCCCUGCACGGCCUCUACAACCGGAGCGAGACCGGGUCUCACACCUUCCAGAUGAUGUCUGGCUGCGACGUGGGGCCCGACUGGCGAGUCCUCCGCGCGUACAGACAGUACGCCUAUGAUGGCGCCGAUUACCUGGCCCUGAACCCGGACCUGCGCUCCUGGACCACUGUGGACACAGCCGCUCAGAUCUCCCAGCGCGAGUGGGAGGCCCUGGGUGAGGCAGAGAGAUUCAGAAACUAUUUGGAGUACUGGUACUUGAGGUGGCUGCGCACAUGCCUGGAGUACGGGAAGGAGACUCUGCAGCGCACGGAACCCCCAAGGACACGUGUGACCCACCACCCCACCUCUGAGUAUGCGGUCACCCUGAGGUGCUGGGCCCUGGGCUUCUACCCUGCGGACAUCACCCUGACCUGGCAGCGAGAUGGGGAGGACCUCACCCAGGAGAUGGAGCUGGUGGAGACCAGGCCUGGAGGAGAUGGAACCUUCCAGAAGUGGGCAGCUGUGGUGGUGCCUUCUGGAGAGGAGCAGAGAUACACGUGCCACGUGCAGCAUGAAGGCCUGCUGGAGCCCCAAGUCCUGAGAUGGGUGCCCCCUCCUCAGUCCUCCAUCCUCACCGUGAGCAUCAUUGCUGGCCUGGUUCUCCUUGUUGCUGUGCUCACUGGAGCUGCAGUGGUUGCAGCUGUGAUGUGGAGGAAGAAGCACUCAGGAUUAAAAGAUUCCUUUAGGUCUUCUGACCUGACUGCUCCCUGGUCUCCCAUGAUGCUUCUUCCCACAGUAGGACAAGGAGGAAGCUACACUGAGGCCGCAGGCAGCGACAGUGCCUAUGGCUCUGAUGUGUCUCUCAGCCCCUAAGGAUCUUUUACAAUGAACCCGAUGAGGCUCCUGUUGUGCGCACCCUGGGCAGCAGGGUGAUGGUGUCACUGUUGUUCUUAACUGUGAUAUUGAGCAUUUGUUCAUAUAUUUAUUUUUCUAUGUCUACAUAAGUUGCUAUGUCUAUAAAUAAUAAUAAAUAAAAUAAAAAAUUUAUUUAUUCAUGCAUACAAGAAAUGGGGUACAGGCCAGAUGCACGGGAGGUGAUCAGAUUCACCAGAGACAGAGUGGGGAACAGAACAAGCAGACUGAUGAAAUACACUGCUGAGGGGAGCAGCGGGUGAGACAGGAGAGGUCUGCCGCACCAUGUGGGAUUCUUGCCUGCUGGCUGGGAUCUAACCUACACUGCAGAUGCUGCGGACAGCCUCACAGUGCUGCGCUCAACCACCAGCGCCACCAAGGGAGGCCUGGAAGUCAAUUUUUUUUUUGCUAUAUUUAUAACACUGUUUUUUUGUCCUUAUUAAAAUUGGGUUAUAUCUUGCUGAUCAUUGAGUUUUAAGCAUUAUUUGUAAAUUCUUGAUACAGUGCUUUAUCAGUUUUGUAAUAUGCAAAUGUUUCUCCCCACUCUGUGACUGAACUCCUUUACUGACGGGAAAGCAAGCAUUAUUGUCCAGACAGAAGCAUGGAUAUAUUUUUUUAGAAAAGAAAAGAUAAAUUUCUAAUUGGUUUUGAGCAGAUACUGGCUGACUGGGAUGUUGGGGGAUGGAAGGGAAUGACUGACUUAUGCAUAUCCUUGAGUGUUAUUUAAAUGUUCUUGCAUGAGCAUGAAAUAUGCUUUCAAAACUAAAUUACACUUCAUUCCUCAAUUUAUAAAACUCUUCACACAUCAUGUCCAAAUCACGUAUUAAGAUCAGACUGGCACGUGGGCUACAAGUGAGGGACCCGCACAUCAUAGUUGCACAGUCAUGGUUUCUCUCAGGGGUCACCCUGGUGGUGUUCGUUCUGUGGGUGUUGGACAAAUGUAUAAUGACCUGUGUCCAUCAUGAGAAUAUCAUGCAGAGUAUUUUCACUGUCCCUAAUGUCUUCUGUGCUCCAAGG